AUGGCAGGAAAGUACCGAGUAUGGCGACACUUGCCCCACCAAUCUUAUCAGCAGCGCGUUACAUCACACGCGCACCCCAACCUCUUCCCUUCCCCAAACAUCAAAACUCCACUUCAUUCACCAAACAUGAGCACUCGCCGAACGGACGUUGGAGAAAGCGAGCCAUUGCUCGCUUCAAAUCACUCUCAGAGCCACAACAAUGACAUCUCAGCCUUCUUACCGGGAGACAAAGAUGAUCCAAGGAACUGGCCCAGCUUGUACAAGUGGCUCAUGGUCGCUGCCAUCAUACCCAUCGAUCUCAGCGUGAGCUGGGGCGCGUCCGGCUUCAGUCCUGCCAUGCCAGAUUUUGCCCAUGAUAUGGGCAUAUCGCAGCAGGUCGCAACCCUAGGCCUGAGUCUGUACAUUUUGGGCCUUGCUUGCGGUCCCAUGACUCUUGCACCGUUGUCGGAAUACGUUGGAAGGCGACCGGUUUAUGUCUUUUCGUACGGCGUAUUUCUCCUGAUGCUCCUGGCAACGUCUUUUGUGAACAACCUACCCGGCUUUCUUCUGCUUCGUCUGUUCUCGGGCUACUUCUCGUCCACUACCAUUUCGAACUUUGGUGGAUCCAUCGCCGAUCUAUGGCACCAUCACGAUACCGGACCAGCAAUGUCCUGGUUUCUGUGGGCGGCCACAGGCGGCUCACCUACAGGAUUUGUGCUUUUCUCUUUUAUCGCUCAAGGUCGAUCCUGGCAUAGCGUUUUUCGCAUCAUGUUCUAUGUGUGUUUCGCAUUUUGGGUCGUCAUGGCCGUUGCGUUGUACUCCCUCGGGGAAACUCGACACAGCGUUCUUCUACAUGCACGCACAAAAGCAAACUCGGAUGGGAGUACAAGUCAUGUUGAUUCCCAAGUACCUGAUGAGCUCAAACAGCGUAAUCCCAAACAGCUCUUCAGUCACACACUGAUACGUCCUUUCCGGUUUCUGGCUUCUGAGGCAAUCGUUCAAUUCGGCGCGUUAUACAAUGGCUACCUAUAUGGCUUGUCAUUCCUCUUCAACGGAGCCUUUCACAUGAUCUUCGGCCCCAGCGGAUAUGGCUAUGACACGAUAGGAGUCGGUCUAUCUUUCCUGGGCAUCGUCGCUGGCGUCUCCUUAGGCUUACUCACCAACACUUAUCAAGAACGUCAUUAUCAGCGCCAGAUCAUCCUGGCCAAUCAUCAAAAUGUGCCCGAAGCGCGUGUCCAUCUUGCAAAAGCAGCCGCAAUUCUUCUCCCGGUCUCUCUGCUGGUCUUCUCAUUCACUGCUGACCCGAAUGUUCACCCGCUGGUGCCCAUAGCAGCAUCAGCUGUCUGGGGAUGGUCAUUUUACACUCUUAUUCUGAUGACCCUCACGUAUACCGAAGAUGCGUACAAGACGUACUCUGCUUCGGCACUCGCGGGCAUUGGGCUGGUGAGGAAUAUAGCAGGAGCAGCGUUCCCGUUGGUGGGUCGCAAAUUAUUCGUCAGUCAGGGCACGAGGAAUGCAUGUUUGAUCCUUACAGCCAUGUCGGUAGCAAUGGCACCGAUUCCAUUUGUUCUAGCUGCCAAGGGGAAGUCACUGAGGAAACGCAGUCCCUGGGCUGCCGAGCAUGAAGACGAGAAUGAGGAUCGAGAAGAUUGA